UCUUCUCUCAUGAUGGACAAUAGCAUCCAAAGGGUUUUCUUCCACUGGAUGUUCCCAGAUGGGACCCAUCAGUAUGAUGGGAUUCUCCAGCUCCUGCUGCAUUUCAGCUGGAUGUGGAUUGGGGUGAUUUGUCUCAACGAUGACACUGGAGAGAAAUUUGUACAGAAUGUUCUUCCCAUGUUUUCCCACGGAGGAAUCUGCUUUGAUUUUAUAGAAAGGGUUCCCAAACCCACUUUUUCCAGUGAAGUUUUUGAAAUGGUGACGGAAGGUUUUAAAGCAGUUAGUGUUAUUAUGGGAAGCACAACCAAUGUUGUGGUCGUGAACGGUGAAAUUCAUACCAUUAUGGCAAUGAGAAUGCUACCCCAGGCUGCAGAAACAGAGGGUACAUCAGUGCAAACCAAGGCAAAAGUCUGGAUUAUGACAGCCCAGAUGGACUUCACAUCAUUUCCCUUUCAAAGAGGCUGGGACAUAACUUUCCUCCAUGGUGCUCUAUCCUUUUCAAGUCACUCAAAGGAUCUGCUAGGAUUCCAGAAAUUUCUCCAGAUGAGAAACCCUACCUUGGAAAAAGAUGAUGGCUUUAUCAGAGUCUUCUGGGAAAAGGCAUUUAACUGUUCUUUCCCCCAUCCUUCUUUAGACAAAAAACAAAGGGGAUUCUGCACUGGGCAGGAGAAACUGGAGACCCUUCCUGAGUCUGUUUUUGAAAUGAGCAUGACUGGCCAUAGCUACAGUGUCUACAAUGCAGUCUAUGCUGUGGCACACGCUUUGCAUUCUUCCAAAUUCAGAGACAGAGUAGACAGAGUAAGGUCGGAGCUUCUAAAUCAACAGCCAUGGCAGCUCCACCACUUUUUGAGAACAGUGUCAUUUAACAAUAUUGCUGGGGAAGAGGUUUCCUUUGAUCACAAUGGGAAAUUAGUAGCUGGAUAUGAUAUAAUAAACUGGGUCACAUUCCCAAAUGAGUCCUUUCUUAGGAUCAAAGUUGGAAUGAUGGACCCACAGGCUCCCCCCGGCAAGAAGUUCUCCAUCCAUGAUGAUGCUAUUAUGUGGCCCAGCAGGUUCAACAAGUCAAAGCCCCUUUCACGGUGUAAUGACUACUGCUAUCCAGGCUAUAGUAGGGCCAAGAGGGAAGGGGAGCCAUUUUGCUGCUAUGAUUGCUUUCCAUGUGCAGAAGGAAAGAUAUCAGACCAGAAGGACAUGGAUGACUGUUUUCAGUGUUCAGAAGAUCAUUAUCCAAACAUUGGCCAGGAUGGAUGCCUUACAAAAGACACAAGCUUCCUUUCUUACAAAGAACCUCUGGGGAUAAUUCUGGCCACAUUUGCUCUAUCCUUUUCUUGCAUCACAGCUUUGAUACUUAGAAUAUUCAUGAGGCACAAGGAUACACCCAUAAUCAAAGCCAACAACAGGAACCUCACCUACACUCUCCUCAUCUCCCUCCUGCUCUCGUUUCUUUGUGCUCUGCUAUUCAUUGGCCCACCUGCAAAAAUAACAUGUUUCCUUCAACAAACUGCUUUUGGAAUUAUCUUCUCAGUGGCAGUUUCUUGCAUAUUAGCCAAAACCACCAUAGUAGUUCUAGCUUUCAUGGCUACCAAGCCAGGGUCCAGGAUGAGGAGAUGGGUGGGGAAAAGACUGGCCAACUCCAUUGUCCUUGCUAGCUUCCUUAUUCAAGCCAGUAUUUGUACAGUGUGGUUAGCAGCUGCUCCCCCAUUCCCAGAUUUAGACAAGCACUCAAUGACUAAAGAAACUGUAUUGAAAUGUAAUGAAGGGUCAGUCACCAUGUUCUACUGUGUUCUAGGUUUUAUGGGCUUCCUGUCCAUUGUAAGCUUCACUGUGGCUUUCCUAGCUAGGAAGUUGCCUGACAGUUUUAAUGAAGCCAAGUUUAUCACCUUCAGCAUGUCCAUCUUUUGCAGUGUGUGGUUGUCCUUUGUUCCUACCUACCUGAGUGCUAAGGGGAAAUACAUAGUGGCUGUGGAGAUCUUCUCCAUAUUGGCCUCCAGUGCUGGGUUACUGGGUUGCAUCUUUUCUCCAAAAUGCUAUGUUAUUUUGCUGAGACCUGAGUUGAACAGCAGGGAACGGCUGAUAAGAAAAAAAAGUUAA